GGAGGGGAGGAGCAGAGAGGUGAGGGGCGGAAUGGGCCGGCCCCUAGAGUUGGGGCCCGGGAAGAUCGGAGGUGCCGGCGACGAGGUGGUAGUGAUCCUGCCACCUCGCGUGUGGAGGGAAGGAGAGAAGCCAGGAAAUAACGAGGAAAAAGGGAGCGAUGCAGAUUUCGGGAAGAACCACGGGACCGUCUUAGCCUUGGCUGGGCCACGGAGCGAUUGGUUCCCUGAAGGGUCCAGAACAAAUAGCUGCUGAGCUUCCCUCUACCCCCAGUUCCUCAUCUCACCUCAGCCACUUAUAGACCAGAUCCUCAGCCUCUGCCCAGCUCCAGACACACAGCUUCUCCAGGCAGCUUUGAUUCAGAACAGGGAUUGCUUCUUGAGGGUGGAGACCUAAGAAGGUUCUUAAGUUUCACAGCUGUGUACACCCAAAAAGGACUUGGCCAAGUAGUUGUCUCCUGGCCGUCUCAGUCUGCUGCUUCCUCCUUCCCCUCUCUGCCCUACCAAACCCAUAUCAGUACCUCCAGACCUUCAAGAGCUGCCACGGAGCUGGCUGGCCCAAAUCUGCUCACCUGGACGAUGUCAACUGGUGGUAGAGGAGGACAGUGAGACGGUGGCUGGGAGUCAGCUUGUAGCCACUUGCCUGCCACUGCCCAGCCGAGGGGCAGCCCAGAGCCCAGGAGCAGCAAGUGGCUGCAGGUCACAGCCGCAGAGAGGCUAUGAGUGUGGCGGUGACCACCUCCGCUUCCCUCCCCCCAGCCUCAGACACCAACAUGCUCACGUCCACCUUCUCCCUGGUGGACUAUGUGGUCUUUGUCCUGCUGCUGGUUCUCUCCCUCGCCAUCGGGCUCUACCAUGCCUAUCGUGGCUGGGGGCGACAUACCAUCGGCCAGCUGCUGUUGGCGGACCGCAAAAUGGGCUGCUUCCCUGUGGCGCUGUCCUUGCUGGCCACCUUCCAGUCAGCCGUGGCCAUCCUGGGCGUGCCAUCCGAGAUCUACCGAUUUGGGACCCAGUAUUGGUUCCUGGGCUGCUCCUAUUUCCUGGGGCUGCUGAUCCCAGCGCAUGUCUUCAUCCCAGUCUUCUACCGCCUGCAUCUCACCAGUGCCUAUGAGUACCUGGAGCUGCGGUUCAAUAAAGCUGUGCGAGUUUGUGGGACCGUGACCUUCAUCUUUCAGAUGGUAAUCUACAUGGGGGUUGUCCUCUACGCACCGUCAUUGGCCCUCAACGCAGUGACUGGCUUUGAUCUCUGGCUGUCAGUGCUGACCCUAGGCAUUGUCUGUACGGUCUACACUGCUCUGGGUGGACUGAAGGCAGUCAUCUGGACAGAUGUGUUCCAGACACUGGUUAUGUUCCUAGGGCAGCUGGUGGUUAUCAUUGUGGGGUCGGCCAAGGUGGGCGGUUUGGGGCACGUGUGGGAUGUGGCUUCCCAGCAUGGCCUUAUCUCUGGAAUCGAGCUGGAUCCGGACCCUUUUGUGCGGCACACUUUCUGGACGCUGGCCUUCGGGGGUGUCUUCAUGAUGCUCUCCCUGUAUGGAGUGAACCAGGCUCAGGUGCAGCGCUACCUCAGUUCCCGCACGGAGAAGGCUGCGGUGCUCUCCUGCUACGCCGUCUUCCCUUGCCAGCAGGUGGUCCUCUGCAUGGGCUGCCUCAUUGGCCUGGUCAUGUUCGCCUACUACCAGGAGUAUCCCAUGAGCACCCAGCAGACUCAAGCAGCCCCUGACCAGCCUCAUUUUACAGAGGAGAAAAGGACGCACAACAGAGUGGCCAGCAUGCUCAAGUCACACCACUCGCCAAGGCAGAGCUGGGGUGUGGGCGGCGUCCUUCUCUCUCCAGAGCCUGCUUUCUCUCCACUUACUGUGGGGUUGCCCUCAGUGCCUGGCCCACUUCCUAAAGCACGCAGUCUCCAGACACUUCCUGACCUACGCAGGGGAAGGGCGGCGUGCCCUGGGGAAAGGCGGCGUGCCCUGGGGAUGGGCUUCUCUGAGGAGAGCUGUGCACUUCUGCUCCACCUGCAGUUCGUCCUGUACUUUGUGAUGGAUCUCCUGAGAGGCCUGCCAGGCCUGCCUGGGCUCUUUGUUGCCUGCCUCUUCAGUGGCUCUCUAAGCACCAUAUCCUCUGCUUUUAAUUCACUGGCAACUGUUACAAUGGAAGACUUGAUUCGACCCUGGUUCCCUCAUUUCUCUGAAGUCCGGGCCACCAUGCUUUCCAGAAUCAUCGCCUUUGGGUAUGGGCUCCUUUGUCUGGGAAUGGCCUAUAUUUCCUCCCAGAUGGGACCUGUGCUGCAGGCAGCAAUCAGCAUCUUUGGUAUGGUUGGGGGCCCGCUGCUCGGACUCUUCUGCCUUGGGAUGUUCUUUCCUUGUGCCAAUCCUCCUGGCGCCAUCGUGGGCCUGCUGGCUGGACUGAUCAUGGCCUUCUGGAUCGGCGUUGGGAGCACAGUGGCCAGCAUGGGCUCUGGCAGGGCGCCCACCCCCCCUGAUGGGCCCGGCUUGUCCCUGCCCAGCAAUCUGACUGCCGUCACCGUGGCCACACUGAUGCCCUCGACUACUGUCUCCAGACCCACAGGGCUACAGCGGCUCUAUUCCCUGUCGUAUUUAUGGUACAGCGCUCACAACUCCACCACGGUCAUUGUGGUGGGCCUGGCUGUCAGUCUGCUCAGUGGCGGAAUGCGGGGCCGGACCCUGAACCCUCGGACCAUUUACCCAGUGUUGCCGAAACUCGUUGCCCUCCUGCCCGUGUCCCGUCAGAAGCGACUUCACUGCAAAACCCACAGCCAGGAUCUGUCUGUGGACACCGCUGUGUUUCCGGAGAAGAUGAACAACGGUAUGCUGAGGGGCAGCAGAGACGAGGAGGCCAUGGAUGCGCCUGAGGAAGGCCCAGCCCGCCAGGGCAUCAGCCCCACCUUCAUCGUUCAGGAGACCUCGCUCUGAUCUGGACUCGGGACCCAGCCCCAGAGACCACCCUGUGGCACAGGAAUGAGCUCCUUGGUGAUCCUCAGGGGUGAUCAAGGACUGGAUGACCUCGCCCACACCAAAGGACCUUGUUCUUGGGAGUCUGUGCUGCGGUAGAAGCUGUCAUGUCACGGGAGGUGUGAGAGUAGGACAGGGUUUUUCCUUGUUCCUUGCCAGUCUGUUCUCUAGAGAACCAGGCUUGCAGAGGGUAGGAUUUUGCCAGAGAAAGGGAUACAGGUGAAUCCUCUGGCAAAAGGAUAAUGGCCCCUGAUUCCGCAGCAUCAGGCUCCUUUGAAGUGAGUAGAAAUAGCAGUGCUGGACCCACUUUGUCAAGAUUGACCAUCUCCCCGUAAAACUCAGCUGCCUUGGCCAGCUGUUGCUUCCCUCGCAGUCCUCUCGGAGCACACAUUCUGUCAGCCACUAAGGGCCCCUGUGGCACUACUUUCAGGUUGUCUGUGAUACCCAAGCCCCUCUCAUUAUCUGUCUACCUCCAUUCUUUUUUUUUUUUUUAACCUCCAUUCUUGAGAGGGAGGUUUUGGUGUCCCUGAGAGGCGUCUCGGAGCGUACAGGUAUAUUCAUCUCCCUCGUGUAGAGUAGGGAAGCUUUCCCUUUCCCUCGCUGCCCCACCCUCCACCUCUGUAAUGGGUACUUGGGGAUGGGGAAAAUGUUAAUUUAAGAAACUAGGGGGGGCUUCCCUGGUGGCGCAGUGGUUGGGAGUCCGCCUGCCGGUGCAGGGGACGCGGGUUCGUGCCCCGGUCCGGGAGGAUCCCACAUGCCGCGGAGCGGCUGAGCCCAGUGAGCCACGGCCGCUGAGCCUGCGCGUCCGGAGCCUGUGCUCCGCAACAGGUGAGGCCACAGCAGUGAGAGGCCCGCGUACCGCAAAAAAAAAAAAAAAAAAAAACUAGGGUAUGACCAGGUCCACUGUGGAGCGUGCCAUCCGUCUAACUCCUGAGCCACACCACCCUAGUGGCAUUUGGUCAUUCAUGCUGUUUCCUUUUGGAGUUUCUUCCCCACAUAUCUUUGUUCCUAGGGAAUAAAAACUGCUGUUGGGCUAGAAUUUGGGCUCCUGUACU